AUGGCUUUCUUGUCGAGUAAUACCCGCAUUGGACGGCCAGCGACCCCUUCGCCUGGUAACGUGCUAGACGGCGGCUGGACAAUAGUCAUUGCUGUGGCUUCAUUCCUGGUCUUGUUCCUGAUCUCAACCAUGACAAGGUGUACAGGAAUCCUGUUCGUCAGCUGGCAGAUUGUAUUUGAUUCGACAGCUCUGCAAACUGGAGUUAUCUCCAGCAUAAUAUCUUCAACCUCGUUCUUUGGAUCCGCGCUAUCGGGCGUAGUCUGCAACCGAUACGGGUACCGCUUCACCUGCAUCCUGGGCGGGUUCCUGAUGUCGUUUGCCAUGCUCAUGGUCUUUUGGGCGUCGAAGCUGAUUCACAUGUACAGCUUGGGAGUGUUCAUAGACUACUUCCAGACUCACUACGCCAUUGUCAGUGGUUUUUACACUGCUGGUGUCAGCACAAAGCUCCAAAUGAUCUACUCGUGUGUUGCAAUUUUCCUUGUACCCAGGGCUCAGUUCUGUGGUGUAAAUGAGCUCCAGGCGUCGUUUUUGCUCAGCAUAUUUGGGUUUGGGAGUUUGGGCGGUCGGGUAGCAAGUGGCUUCUUCGUGACCCGUAAGACGCCCGUUGAGGCAGUCUACACAUCUUGUUUUGUGCUGUGCUGCGUCGGUUUGCUGUGUUGUCAAGCCGAGACUUAUGAAUCAUUUGCAGCUUCUGCCUGCAUCGUUGGUAUAGGGAUAGGAGCUGUGGAACCAUUGCACAACGUGAUACUCCGGAAUCUUCUGGGUCAGCCUCGAGUUGCGUCUGGACAGGCAAUAAAUCUGAUAUUUGGAGGCGUGGGAGAUCUUAUUGGUCCAGUAGUUGCCGGUAAGAGCAACAAUGAAUAG